AACUUCCGCUCCUGCGCGGUACGUUCUGCGCAGCGCAGUCUCGUUGUUGUGCAUGAGGGCGUGAGGCUGGUAGACUUGACCAUCGCUUUGAGGACCUAACGACUGCUGACUUGCUUAACUCGAACGCAGCUCAGGAAUUAAGGAAACUAAGUUUGCAUUUUGGACCUUUUAAAGUGUCUACAUGGCCGUCAGAAGAGGACACAUAAGAUAUUUGAAAGUUUGUGAGGUUCAAAGCCAGGGGAAUGAAAGAGAAAAGAAUGCACCUGUCGUAAAGCAAGACAUUUAUGAUAUGCCAAAUGGCUAUGAGGACCACAUGGGUGAUAAGGCAAGUGAUGCCAAAACUAACCUGAUCGUGAACUACCUGCCCCAGAACAUGAGUCAGGAGGAGCUUCGCAGUCUGUUCAGCAGCAUUGGCGAAGUGGAGUCCGCCAAACUCAUAAGAGACAAGAUGGCGGGUAGGUCUCCCCAAGCUCAACAAAAUGGCCACAGUUUAGGGUACGGAUUUGUUAACUAUGUUAACCCUAGUGAUGCAGAAAGGGCAAUCAAUACACUCAAUGGCCUGAGACUACAGUCUAAAACUAUCAAGGUCUCUUACGCCCGGCCGAGUUCUGACAGCAUCAAAGAUGCCAAUCUGUACAUCAGUGGUUUACCCAAGACGAUGACGCAGAAGGAUGUCGAGGACAUGUUCACCCGUUACGGACGCAUCAUAAACUCUCGGGUGCUGGUCGAUCAGGCGUCAGGCCUGUCACGUGGAGUAGCCUUCAUUCGGUUCGAUAAAAGGUCUGAAGCGGAUGAAGCUAUUAAAAAUUUGAAUGGCUCCAAACCACCGGGUGCCUCUGAACCAAUUACAGUGAAGUUUGCUGCCAAUCCUAACCAGGCCAAGAAUACCCAGGUGCUCUCUCAGCUGUAUCAUACUCAGUCCCGUCGGUUCGGAGGACCCGUUCACCAUCAGGCACAACGCUUUAGGUUUUCACCCAUGAGUGUUGACCACAUGGGUGGCGUCUCCGGUAUGAACGUGGCAAGUGGCUCUACCUCUGGCUGGUGUAUCUUCAUCUAUAAUUUGGGUCAGGAUGCAGAUGAAGGCAUCCUGUGGCAGAUGUUUGGUCCUUUCGGUGCUGUCACAAACGUCAAGGUCAUUCGUGACUUUAAUACCAACAAAUGCAAAGGGUUUGGGUUCGUCACAAUGACGAAUUACGAGGAAGCAGCCAUGGCUAUCGCUAGCCUGAACGGAUACCGCCUGGGGGACAAAGUCCUACAAGUGUCAUUUAAAACCAGCAAGUCUCACAAGUAAAAGCACUUUUUUGUGUUAUAAGAAAAUCUGGAAGUUUAGUAAGGUUUGUUCUCAAGAUUUCAGUUGUUGUUGACCGUCUACAUAAACGUAUUCAUGCGACUUUGUUGGGGUGGAUAGUUGUGCUAGUGUUUUACUCUUGAGGUUGAGCAUAAUAUGUAAAGAUUUAUCCCCCGAUGACCGUUUGAUCGGCAUUUCUUAAACCCUGGAUGAUGUAAUCACAAAUAUAUAUCCAGGAAGUCAAAGGUUUUUUUGUGUGCACUGUUGGGAUGCCUUAAAGAUGUCAUGGCGUUGUUGCUCUUACCUUGCAACCUUUCUUUUAAUUACACAGAAUUCAAAUGUCCAGUUUUCUUUGUUUCAUUAAGACGUGAAGAGUUUAAAAAUUGUCUGUCAGUUCAAACUACAUAUCCUCACCUCUUAAAGACGUUUGUAAAUAUAAUAAAAUCUGUAAGGGGAAAGAAACGUUUGAAGGACCAAAGAUCUUGGAGUGUAACGCUUUAGGUGUUUAGUUUUGCAGAUUUCUAAGUUUGAGUCUGAAACAGCAAGUAUUGUCACAUCGAAGAUGUUAAGAAAUAAGCAUGUUGUUUUUGCGUUUUAUAUUGUGUGGACAUUAAAGUUUGUUUUGCAUUUAACAGUAUGUUAUUUUUAUAAUUUGUCUUAUUUUAUGUAAAAAGUUGUUUAAACUUUUUUGUUUUAAAGGGUAUGUUUUUUUUU